ACGUCUUACACUUCUGUAGCUAAUCUAAUCUCGACUUUGCAUUUAAUUUUUCAGUUUGGACGGUCAAUUUGUGCCGAAAAUGCCACAGGUCAGCAAUAGUUGAUUAGUUUUCAGUAGUCAACACCUUCCCCUGCUGGCCUGCUCAGCUGACCUUCGCCUCCGCAGAAGCAGAACCACCACCUUGCUCCGUCUGAACUCUGAACCCUCCAAGAGGCAAGCAAGAGCACGUCUUCUCCAGUCCACUCCAUCUUUCCGUUCCCAUAAAGAAAUCCAAAUGAAGAGCUCGUUUCCAUUACUCAAUUCAUUUCCAAGGUUGAGCAUGCCGCCCCCAUUCCGUCUCUAGCCCGCAAUCCUUCGUCGAGCUCUUCCUCCAAGGAUCCAGGAUCCAAUGCGGGAAGAAGGCGGGGCCAUGGAGACGGAUGGCCUCGCCGGCAGCGAGUCGGCGCUGGGGGAGUCGCGCGGCGGUGGAGGGGGAUGGGCGGAGGCGGUGCUGGAGCCGGUGCGGUGGGUGCGGAUGCUGUGCCGUGAGCUGGGCGCGACGUUCGUGGCCGGGGUGGUGCUGGUGUACGGGCUGAGCCAGGGGUUCGCGGGUUCCUUCUUCCGGGUGGCGUCCGACUACUACUGGAAGGACGUGCAGCGCGUACAACCGGCCACCGUGCAGUUCCUCUCCAUCUUCUUGUACAUCCCCUUGGUCCUCAAGCCCCUCUGGGGGGUCAUGACCGACGUCUUCCCUGUACACGGCUACCGCCGCCGCCCCUACUUCGUCUUCUCAGGAAUACUUGGAAUGUCUUCAGCUGCUAUCCUUGCAAUGGGCGUUGGACUAUCCUUGCCUUCUGCUAUAAUUUGCUUUGUGGGAAUCUCUACAGCAGUUGCCAUUGCUGAUGUCACAAUAGAUGCAUGCAUUGCGAAGAACAGCAUUGAUAAGCCAGCAUUGGCCCCAGACAUGCAGAGCCUUUGUGCAUUCUCGUCAUCUCUAGGUGCACUUAUUGGGUAUGCUACGAGUGGCAUGUUUGUCCACCAUCUUGGGGCACAGGGUGCAUUAAGUAUCAUGGCCUUACCUCCUGCGAUGCUGGUUUUCCUAGGAUUGUACAUAUAUGAGCUGAAAAUGUACCGACAAAAUGUGAAAGAGAAGGUUUUGAACAAGGUUAGUGUGGCAGUUAAAGGGAUGGUUCGGACAAUAAGGUAUCCAGUUGUAUGGAAACCAUCUCUCUAUAUGUUCCUUUCGCUGGCUCUCAGUAUCAGCACCCAUGAGGGACAGUUCUACUGGUACACUAACAAGGAACCGCCUAAUCCUGGAUUUUCACAGGAAUUUGUCGGAGUGGUGCAUGCCAUCGGUGCAGUCGCAUCCAUGGUGGGCGUCCUGAUCUACCACAAGCGCCUCAAGGACUACCCCUUCCGGAGCAUCCUCUUCUUCGCUCAGCUCCUGCAUGGCAUCACCGGCCUCCUUGACCUCACAUUCGUGCUCCGAUGGAACCUCCUGGUAGGUGUGCCAGACGCCGUCUUCGUCAUCAUGGAGGAGUCCGUCUCCCGGGUGGUCAGCCGUGUCCGGCUGAUGCCGAUGAUGGUCCUGAGCACCAAGCUCUGCCCGCCGGGUGCCGAGGGCACCUUCUUCGCGCUCCUCAUGUGCAUUGACAGCCUCGGCAUGCUGACAGCCAAGACCAGUGGCGCCUUCGUGCUCCGGGCCCUGCAUGUGACGAGGACGGAUUUCAGCAACCUCUGGCUCGCCGUCCUGUUGAGGAACCUGCUGAGGUUGUCCGCCCUGAGCGCGAUCUUCCUGGUGCCCACCGCCGACCAGACCGACGUGCUGCUGCCACACGACCUCCUAAGUUCCGGUGGCACGGCAGCUGCUGCCGCCGACGAGGAAGAGUCGUUGUUGCAGCUCGGGAAGCUCACUUCUCACACUGACGAUGUAUGAUCGACCCUGCUAGUAUACUGCGCGCACACACACACAUGUACGCGAAGAAAGAAAAGAGAGGAAUGAUACGAGUGAUUGGUGUAUGUUUCUUUUUUUGUUUAUGCCACAUGCUUUAGUGAAAAUUAAGGUAGUAGCUUAUUAGCGACAGAAUGGCAUCUUUGCCCAACCGGCCGGCAGUACAAACGGGGAAUCAAGAUGAUCCUUUUUUUUUAGCAUUAUAAAGGAAUCAAUAUGAUCUUAAUGCUGACUUUGGCAUUGAUGGAUUAUGAUAUCCAGUUUUUUCAACCAA